AGAGGUUGGUGGCGUGAGGUGCCGCGGUCCCGCCGUGGGUACCGAGUUUAGAGCAGAAUCAUCGCAGAUCUCGUCCCAUCCAGAUGGCCUGGGGGUUGGCACUGUUUGGUGUCCCGGGGAGCAUUGCUGCGCUGGGGUUCACCAAGGCCGGCAUCCUCGCCGGCUCCGUCGCUGCCAAGAUGAUGUCGGCAGCUGCCAUCGCCAACGGCGGCGGAGUGGCUGUGCUGCAGUCCAUCGGAACUGCAGGUCUCUCUCUUGCUGCCAAAAUUGGGCUGACAGCUGCCCUGGGCUCAGCUGGUGCAGCAACUGGUGCCCAGCUAACUGAGUGAAAGAAACCUCCAAGUGGCCAACCUAAAAAAGGAUAAGAACACAAGUGACAAACCUAAGAAAAAGUAACUUGAGUGACAAACAUGAGGAGGAGAUAACUCCAGACAAGCAGCCCAAGAGAAACGAAGCCGGUUGCUGAUCCCAAAGCCGUGCCUUGCACAGUGCAGCUGAGAAACCCCCACAGACCCCUCAGAUCUUUGACUCCCGUUUCAAAAGCUUUGGAUUGUUGUGAGCAAUGAUUUCCCUGAAGCCAAUAAAAGUGCUUUGCUUGCAGCAGA